AUGUUCUACAACACUACUCCUGAUGCACAUGUUCUUGGCAUUGGUGCCAAUCUUCCAAAUGAUCAGUCAGAAACAUUUUGGAUUUGGGGUGCUAACAACAACAACCCAGUUCGUGAAAAUUCCACUCUAACUUUCGGCACUGAUGGUAACUUGGUGCUUGCAGAUGUUGAUGGUCGUAUAGUUUGGCAAACUAAAACAGCCAACAAAGGUGUUACCGGUAUGUCUAUGCAGCGUAAUGGGAAUUUUGUACUUCACGAUAAAAAAGGAAGGUUUAUUUGGCAAAGUUUCCAGCACCCGACUAAUACUAUUGUAAGAGGUCAAUCACUUAACCUCAUGGGUGGUAAGAAACUCGUCAGUCGUACAUCAGAUAAGAACAGUCGCGAUGGUUCUUUCAGCGCUGUGAUCGAUAAGAACGGAUUCAUCCUGUAUCAAAAUUCACAGAAAAGAGGCGGCUGGGAGGCAACGGGUCUUCUAAAUGUAACAUUUGAUUCAAUGCAUGAACAACCGCAAACUACUACUUAUUUGUUAACUCUAGGUUUGGCAAAUCCAAAAGGAGUUCAGCCAAAACCAGCUGGUACUAAUUCAAGGAAAGUUACACUCACGAAAAUUAAUUACCGCUAUGAACAUUCAUUUCUCAGGUUAGAAUCAGAUGGUGAUCUUGCAGGUUAUACAUUCUAUGAAAUGGAUUCUUAUGCUUUGUGGGCUAAAGAUUAUGCGUAUUUUGAAAAAGUGCAUAAUGGGGGGUCACCACCUUAUACACCACCAACAUACACGGGGCCAUCGGGUUAUAACCCGCCACCAUAUGAGGAGCCAUCUGGUUAUACCCCGCCACCACCAUCGAGAUUCUAA